AUGACAUUCCCAAACCCGGUGGCAGCCACGUGGGCCGCCACCCGCAGCAGGCGCCAGGCACGCGCACUGCCCGGACAAUCACCGGGGACCCUGCCUUUGCCUCUCGGGCGAGAGAUGUCAGCGGCAAAGAAUGACACCGUCAGUGAGAGCGGGAACCGCGGUAAAACGUCCCGACGUGGAAAGAGGGAAAACCGACUUGGGGCGGGCCACCCCGGCCCGCGAGGGGUCGCCAGCCUCGCUGUCCCCGCGACGUCACCCGGCCGGGCUCCGGAGGCGACAAAGCGCGCCCGCAGGGCCACCCCGCCCGCGAGGGGUCGCCGGCCCCGCCGUCCCCGCGACGUCACCCAGCCGGGCUCCGGAGGCGACAAAGCGCGCCCGCAGGGCCACCCCGCCCGCGAGGGGUCGCCGGCCCCGCCGUCCCCGCGACGUCACCCGGCCGGGCUCCGGAGGCGACAAAGCGCGCCCGCAGGGCCACCCCGCCCGCGAGGGGUCGCCAGCCCCGCCGUCCCCGCGACGUCACCCGGCCGGGCUCCCGGAGACGACAAAGCGCGCCCGCAGGGCCACCCCGCCCGCGAGGGGUCUGUCCCCGCGACGUCACCCAGCCGGGCUCCCGGAGACGACAAAGCGCGCCCGCAGGGCCACCCCGCCCGCGAGGGGUCGCCGGCCCCGCCGUCCCCGCGACGUCACCCAGCCGGGUUCACCCAGCCGGGUUCCCGGAGACGACAAAGAGCGCCCGCAGGGCCACCCCGCCCGCGAGGGGUCGCCAGCCCCGCCGUCCCCGCGACGUCACCCAGCCGGGCUCCCGGAGACGACACCGCCCCCGCGGCGCAGGCUCCGCUGUCCUCCAGCCGGCGCGGACGUGCGACCCCUUGGGCCCCGCCCCUGGUCUGUCCCCCCCGGACCGUCCGGCUCUCCCGGGCGCGAGUGCGGCUCUCGGAGCCCGUGGCCGGCGCGGUCCCGCCCCGCAGACCCCCGGGCAUGGCCGCUCGGGCCGCAGCCGGCAACGCGACCCCCGGCGACGCGGGCGCGCAGAACCUGAGCGCGGCGCUCGCGGCCGGGGCCGUGGGGACCGUGGGGGCCGUGGGGGCCGAGUGGCUGGAGCUGCUGGCGGCGGCCGGCGACCUGUCCCCCUCGUCCCCGUCCCCGCGCUCCGGGUCCCCCGCGCCGCCGCCGCCCGACCCCGCCAGCCAGUUCGUGCAGCCGUCCUGGCGCGUCGCGCUCUGGUCGCUGGCCUACGGCGCGGUGGUGGCCGUGGCCGUGCUCGGGAACCUCACGGUCAUCUGGAUCGUGCUGGCCCACAAGCGCAUGAGGACCGUCACCAACUACUUCCUCGUGAACCUGGCCUUCUCCGACGCCUCGGUGGCCGCGCUCAACACGCCCGUCAACUUCGUCUACGCCCUGCACGGCGAGUGGUACUUCGGCGCCGGCUUCUGCCGCUUCCAGAACUUCUUCCCCAUCUCGGCCGUGUUCGCCAGCAUCUGCUCCAUGACGGCCAUCGCGGUGCACAGGUAUAUGGCCAUUAUUGAUCCUUUGAAACCCAGACUCUCUGCCACGGCUACCAAGAUUGUCAUUGGAAGCAUCUGGAUCCUAGCAUUUCUACUCGCCUUCCCUCAGUGUCUUUACUCCAAAACCAAAGUCAUGCCAGGCCGUACUCUUUGCUAUGUGCAAUGGCCAGAAGGUCCCAAACAACAUUUUACGUACCACAUGGCGGUCAUCGUGCUGGUGUACUGCUUCCCACUGCUCGUCAUGGGAGUCACGUACACAGUCGUCGGAGUCACUCUCUGGGGAGGAGAGAUCCCAGGAGACACCUGUAACAAGUACCGCGAGCAGCUCAAAGCCAAAAGAAAGGUUGUAAAAAUGAUGAUUAUUGUUGUGAUGACAUUUGCCAUCUGCUGGCUGCCCUAUCACAUUUACUUUAUCCUCACCGCGAUCUACCAACAGCUGAACAGGUGGAAAUACAUCCAGCAGGUCUACCUGGCCAGCUUUUGGCUGGCCAUGAGCUCGACCAUGUACAACCCCAUCAUCUACUGCUGUCUGAACAAGAGGUUCCGAGCCGGCUUCAAGAGGGCGUUUCGCUGGUGUCCCCUCGUCAGGGUCUCCCGCUGCGACGACCUGGAGCUCGGGGCCGCCCGGCUCCGCCCCGCGCGGCACAGCAGCCUGUACGCGGUGACCAGGCUGGAGUCCGUGACGGCGGCGCUCGGCCCCGGCCACGCAGGCCACGCAGGCGACGCCCGUCCGGUCGGGAUCGGAGAGCGGCGCCGGGAGCCCGCGGGGCCAGACGGUCUCACUUGGCAACCCGCUCCCUGA